UCAAACACCUCGUCCUGGGGGGGAUCCAUGGCUCCUGUCGACCCCCCGGAUUAAGCUAAUAAUGGCCUUUUGGAUUUUACUCGCUAGUUAAAACGGCUGGAAAAGAAAAACCAUGUGGAGAGUUCAAGGUUUUGUUGGGAGAGUUUUGCAUCGUUGCCAUGGCAGCAGCCCCCUGCGUCUGCCGCAGAACCAUCACGUGGAGGAUGAGGUCAUCAACACGUCCUCUGUCCUGUCCAACUCUCUGCACUCCUCUGACACCAGCUCUCAGAAGGAGGAGGAUGGAGAGAGGAGGAGAAAACAAAAAACCUUUCAGUUUGGACAUGCAGAGCUACCGCGGUACACGGCGCUGGAUGCCGUGGGAUGGGGCGCUGCAGCAGUUAUGUUCAUGCAAGUCUGCAAGAGGAUCCAUUCUCGGUUCUCUUCUGCUGAGGCCAGUUCGACUGCUGGAGCCCUAACAGCCCCCACCUCACUGCACAAAUGUGGAUACCGCAUCCUGUUGGAGAUCUUAUCCCGACAUGAUGUCCUGCCCAGAGGGAGUGGUUUGUUGUGUCUGCAGGAAGUGUCAGAGAGACAGAGUCAAGAUCAGCCCCCAGCUGAAAGCAGCAGCAGCAGCAGUGUGGCAGAUGCCAGCCCUCGAAUCAGCCUUAACCCGGAAAACCUGACUGCUGAAUGUUCCAUCUCUGACCACCAGUGGGCGCCCUUUAACCAGGAUUCAUCUGUAGAUGGUGAAUCACUUUCUCCUGGAUCCUGUUCUCAACAAAAUGAUGCCAACCGAGACAGCACAGACACGAAAGAUGUUGAUGAAAAGGACCUUUCUGGUGAGGAAGGUUUGACAGGAGCAGCUCUGAACCUCAGACACGUGGGAGAUACAAGUAUUCCCGUGAUCUUCAACAUUAUAGGUCUUGAAAGUGCUAAGUGUGAAAACUACAAGGAAGCUUUCACCAGCUUUCUAGUUGCAGCACAGCAAGGAUACAGCAAGGCCCAAUUUAACGUGGCUGUGUGCUACGAGAAAGGCCGAGGAGUGGGGAAAGACAAAGACAAGGCUCUGCAUUACUACUGGCAGGCAGCAGUUGGAGGUCACAGACAGGCUCAGUACCGCUAUGCAAAGCUGCUCCUUACCAGCAGGGGGCACACAAGUUUAGACGAGCUGAACACCGUUAUUAACCUGCUGGAACAGGCUGCUGCAGCUGGCAUCACCAAGGCUCAGCUCUGUCUGGCUUCAGUCUACUCACAGGGGCUGGUGAUGGAUGAGAACAAGUCUAUCCAGUACCUGGAGAUGGCAGCAGCGAGUGGAGAUGACACCGCCCUGCUGUUGCUCGGUAAGUGUUACCAGAGUGGGUUUGGAGUGCCGCAGAACCUGAAAACAGCCAGUGAACUGUACAAACGAGCUGCUCAGGCAGGAAACAAGGAGGCUCAGAGCUUGCUGCCGCCUCACAAUAAAGCAGAACGCACUGAGCUGCGCUCCAUCCAUUCAGCUCCAUGCUUCUCUUCGGCUGAUCAUCAGCUCCAGCAGUCGCUCCCCAGUCUGACCAGUUUUGUCCCUCCGUCCACCAGUCACCCCACCCCCCUUCCCUUCCUGCCUCACUCUUGGAGCACCGGGAACCUGCAUAACCCACUACCUCUGUCCUCCACGCCUCUGCACGGCCAUACAUACAAAACGCAGGGAGCGAUGUGUCAGUGGACUGUAGGAGUGGGAUAGUUAUAAAUGUGAGACCGCACAGGAUAAGCUGAAAGAUGUAUUUCAAAAUAUGAAUGUUUUUUCAAAACAAAAGAACAGUCAAAGAUUGUUAAGUUUGUAAAUAUUGUGGUAUGGAUGUAAGUCUGGAUAAGAGAGAAUAGGUCAAAGUGUGAGUGCAGACUUAUUAACAUAUGGCUGGUUUGAUGAGCAGAGUGAGUGUUAAUGAGCUGUCAAAGCUUUUAUCCUGUGUCUUAGCUUUAUGUUGGUGUAGUAACUGAAUAUGGUGCCUCUUUGUGGACUGAGACUUCCACAUACUUGUCUUUAGUGUUCAAGUGAUGACGCACAUUUAUCAUUAUUUUGCAGAACGGAGUGUUUUACAUCAGUGUCCUACUUUAACUUUCAGUAUACAGCUAUAAAUGUGAACUGGUUCUGAUGUCUGUCAGUGUAAUUUCCUCUCUUAGGUCAAGAUCAUUUGGGGGAUGGUAUUGCAUGUUAUUGUUCAAUCUGCCAAGGUGAAUGUGAGGAGGACGUUUUAGUGUCAAUACAUUGUGUAACAUUAAAACAACCCAACGUUA